GUUAGGGGGCUGUCUUGAACUUCUUGAAGUGGUGGGAUGAUGGCAGCGGGCCGCAUUUUACAGCGAUUGCUUCGGAGCAGAUAUUUGCGAUCAAAGUGAGCGGUAGUGGUCGGCGGCGACGUUGUGAUGCGUGCGAGCCAGUCGGGACCAGGCGCGUGGUCGCGCUGGUCGCGCUUCGAGCCGAAUGUUUCGCCGUGCGCGUUUGUGUGUUUUCUUCCGUAGGUCACCUCACCGUGGUUCUCCGCCGAGUACUAUGCAUUCCGGAUAUGAUACUUCUCCUUGAUCCAAUGAGAUUCCGCCAUCAUACAAUCUGGAUCCAAUGGGAACCCUUCAUUUCAACGUUUAGCCAAUGAGAUGCCCGAACGCUUCGUGACAAGCCCAGAUCUCAAUAUGGCGGCCGUGUCAGCCGCUCCGACCACAGAAAGAUGCGAAGCGAUCUCGAUGGAUUCAGUGCACUUUUCGCCAGAGCGGCUGUGGAGACGAUUGGGGGACAGGAGGCCCUCGAUUGCACAGCAGGAGUUCCUGCGUUUCCUGGGCGACUCCGACAACGAAUCGGGCCGGGACGCCGGGGAGCGCGUAAUGUCUCUCGUCUCUUGCUGGGCCACCCUGACGUCCUGGUAUCGCGCUCUGCCCUAUGAGGACGCCGCUCGGGUCCUCUCGCUGGAGACGUUCAAGUUCGUCAGCGCGUCCUCUGCCGACAUCCCCGAGGUCCUGAAGGAGGAGCUGCUCGAUGCCAUCACCAGCUGCUGUAGCGUCCUGGGGCCAAUGGUGAUCCCCUUCUCGUCCGUGUGCGACGUCCUGCUGACGGCCACGACUUCGCCCGGCAAGGGCUCGCUGCUGAAGAGGCUGCUCGAUGCCACGGACCCUGAAGCCUGCAUUCUUCUGUCCAAAGCGGUGUGCUCUGAGGGAAACCUGCUGAACCACCUGGAGUGCCUGCGCUUCUGGGAGCAGGACAGCGUCGUGGAGGCCCUGUGCCGAGAGCAGCUGGCGCGGGUGGCGCGCAGGGGGAGCGCCGAGGGGAGGUCGGAAGAGGACCACCUGGACCUCGAGAGGGUGGAGGGGGCCCUCGAGGGCCAGGAGUUCCUCGAGCAGCUGCUGUGUGUCCUCUACCGGCAGCGGAGGAUAGAGGAGCUCUGCACCGAGACGUCUCAGUACACCUGCCACCAGGCGGUGCAGCUGAUCCGGGGGACCAAGGAGCGGGCCCAGCGGAUGCCCGGGCAGCGGGACUCCGAGCGGCUGGACGUGGCGGAAGCCCUGGCCCACGUGUUCCUGGUGCGGGACCUGCUGGUGCCCUCGCCCUACUGCUGCACGCGGGACCUGAUGGGGCUCUGGUGCGAGCUGCAGGCUCUGCAGGGACACCGCACGGGGGAAGUGGCCAGGGCCGCCUUGAGGCUGGUGGUGCCCCACGCUGCCACCAGCGCUCACUUCUACCUCUUCUCGGACGUCCUCUGGGAACACUUUGGCCUGAGGCUGCUCCCCGUCUACCUGGACUUCUUUGUGCGGGGCCUCACAACGGACAUUAACACAAUGCAGAAUGCCCUCCACCGCGAAAACUGGCCCAGCGUGCGUGAGAUGGAAAUCCACCUGUCCAACGUCUAUCUCAAGCUGUCCACGCUCUUCUCGAAUUCCCCUCUGCUUUGCCGCGAGUGCGUCCUGAGCGCAUUUGCGUUGGACCCAACAGAGGAGCGCCUCGAACAGCUCAACCAGUUGACCCUCAGUGUGCGACAGACGGAGGAGAUGGCCGGGCCAUCGCACGAGCCGGGGGAACGGAACGGACGGGCGUGUCGCUGCGGGGGGAGGUGCACGGACGAGCCCGUGUUGCAGACGACGAGUUCGGCGCGUCGCGACGGCCGGCCAGAGUAUGAGAUGGACUUCUGGCACCCCGUGUUAGAGUUGGGGCUAUCUGGGGUGCCUUACCUGCUCCUCAAGGACUUUGUGACAGUGUUGGAGUGCGUGCGUCCACGCAGCGUCCACUUGUGCUCGGACUGGCGACGCUACAUGGAGCUGUUCGAGAGCCGAAGACAGGGGCUGGGGCAGGGGAGGCCUCAGUCGAGUCCAGAAGAGUACUGUGGCAGUGCGGACAGCGAAACAGACUCUCCGUCGGAGAAUGAGGAGGAAGAGCGCAAGACUCAGGAGCAGAUCCAGAAGUUGAUAGAGAGCACCGCGGCGGGUUUUCCACCCAAGCGGAGGGACAAGCGCAGAGCCAAUGCCAAGUGCAAGUCGUCGCGGAAGAAGAAGAAAGGGUCCCGCAAGCGCAAGAAGGAAGUGAGGGCACAAGGCAAGGGACCGGGGAAUGAGGACGCCCUCGCAGAAGGCGAGGGCGGGCCCAGCACAGCUCCUAAGGACGUUCCGAGAGUUAAAAAGAAGAGCAAGAAGAAAGGGUCCCAUCGAAAGAAAGAGGAAGAGGGUGCACCACCGCCGGUGCCAGAGGCGAGCAGUGCUAACAGCGGAGGCUGUCUCGAGAGCCUCAGGGUCAUCUUGGAGCGUUUUGACCGCCUUUCGGGCGUGAGCGACAAGCCGCCAGCGGACGGGACGAGUGGGCCUUGCGUCGUGCCAUCAUUGUCUCUCCCCAACAUCUCAAUGCUCCGGUUAGACGAGAAGAUUGAACAGCCACUACCGCACCCCUUGGAGGCAGACCAGCCUCUGCCUCUCCCGGAGGGUCCCCUGGGGGAGUCUUUGCAGAGGGUGAUGGAUGCAUUUCAGAGUGGUCUGGCCAAGACGCCCUUGAAGAGGUUCCUCAAGUUCCAGACCCGGAGACCCACCUUCACGACCAAGAAGGCAGUGCCCGUCAAGGUCUCCAUGCGGACAUCCAAGUCACAUUGUCCCGUGCCCCCUAUAAUCAAGUCCCCCCUGAGCACUAGGGCAACUACUUCCAUGACUGCACCGGUGGCAACUAUAGUGACAGCGCGGCCGAUCAAGGUCACGAGGACAGUGGUUUCUGGCGGUACGGUGAAGCCCACCAUAAUCAAGUCCAGCUUUGCCAAGGCCACUAUUGCCAAGGCCAACGUGGUCGGCCCCAGCCUGAUAAACCCCGACAUGGUGCAGCCUAGUGCAAUAAAGGCGAGCGUGGUGAAAACCAGCUUGGUGAAGCCCAGCAUUGUGAAGGCCACCGUGGUAAAAUCUAAUGCGGGUCAGGUAUCGGCAAUGGUCACGGGGCCAGCGGCACUGGCCCCGGCAACAGCUGGUACCUCCGCAGCCAGUACAGUUUGUGCGGCCCAUUCCGAAUUUUUGGCACCUGUUACCAGUGUCGUCAAGCCAGUCGUUGCGGUACAGCCACCUUCUUCACCCGUACCGGCCUCCCUGCAGGCAACUAUUGCCCCAACGCCCAUUGCUCCAGCACCCAUUGCUCCAGUGCCCAUAGCCCCUGCAGCGGUUUCAUCUGUGUUGGCACCGAGAAUCCUUCCCUCCGUACAACCAACGCCGGUUCUUCAGAGUCCUCAGGCAGUCGUUCCUCCAAGAGCUGUAGCGAUUAUGCAGAAGAGUGUGCAAAACAUUGCCCCGCAGCAACCUACAAUGUCCCAAACGGUUCCACGGGUGGCGCUCGUGACCACAACGGCAGCGGCAACGUUGGCGACCAGCUGUGCACCCCAAAUGGCAUCCUGUUCCUCGGUGGUGACGACCAUGUCUGCCGAGAGUGCCGCUCACGUCUUCAGUCAGCUGAAGCAGGGGCAAGCCACGGUGCUUCGAGUGCCCGUUUACUCGCGUGCCAUGCAGCAAGGGCAGCAGGGUGGGGUGAAGUCGGAAGGCCCGGGCGUCUGCAUGCUGCCGAUGAAGUUCCUCAACGCGGCCAUGCUCUCUGGGCAGGACAAGGUAAUCAGCAUCGGGAACCAGAAGAUUGCUAUCAACUCGCUGCCGAACCUGAUCGCAGCCGCGACUGCCAGCAGCACGGGAGCCGCUACCAUGACCACGACGAUGGCCGGCACCGUUGUGAGCAGCUCGGGGGGAGGCAUGAUGACGGCCAAGAUGAUGCCGGCCAUGGUUGCAGGUGGGCAGAAUGUGCAGCAAAUGCUUCCGCAGAUGGUUCGCCUUAAUACCCUCGGGGGUGGCAUCCAGAUGAGCGGUGCCAAUGCCACCGUUCUUUCGGCCGACCAACUGGCAGGACAGCCCGGAAUGGCAAACUUGGCGGCACUCACGGUGCCUCUUCAGGGGGGCCUCAUGGGAGGACGUGUCAUUGCAGGCAAGAUUAUGAUUCCCGUCAACAGUCUCCUGCAACAAGGAGCUACCUUGUCAACAGGCACUGGCAUGCCCAUGAUCAUCCUUAAAAACCAGCCUUCACAGGCCAAGAUAAUGACGGAUGUCUCAGGUCUGGCACAACAGGUUCAGCAACAAGUUCAACAGCAAGUUCAGCAGCAGCAGGUGCAGAUCCAGCAACAUAUUCAAGUGCAGCAGGUUCAGCAACAAGUUCAGCAGCAAGUCCAACAAGUUCAACAACAGGUUCACCAGCAAGUUCAACAACAACAAGUUCAGCAACAGGUUCAGCAGCAAGUUCAGCAGCAGGUCCAGCAACAGCUGCAGGCUAAUGGAAGUCCGGUGGUUGUCUCUACCGGUGCAACUGUCGGAGUUCCGCUGGCCAUCUCUACCACUGCCUCGUCAAAUGCCACAAUCAUCAAGAAGACCUGGAUGCCCAUCCGAAGCAAGCCGGGUGCCAUGGAGUACCGGAAAGUGUGCAACAUGCCCCCCGUGAAGGUCACAAGGGCCAAGUUUCUGGCUCCUGUGUCUUCGCAGCAGCUCCCCAUCGUGUACACCAGUCCUCAGGCUCCAGUGUCCGUCACUAGCGCGACUCGGGUGGUCUCUCAGCCCAUGUGCAAGACCAUUCCAUUCACCGGCAUGCCCGGGGUAACGCACCUCACAGUUCCUACGGUCCAGAUGGGGAUGCCGAUGACGGUGGUGUCUUCCAGCUCGAUGGUGGGCCAGCAAUUGUCUGUGCCGGUCGCCCCGAAGGUGGUGACGCGUCAGGUGACGGUGCCGAUUGCCAAGCUGUUGCAGAAGCCGACCUCUACCGUUUACAAGGUGGCGGACGGACACACGCCUAUCCUCCCAGCCCCAAGCGUCCUCUGCACACAGCCGACAGUUCAGGUCGUGCAGACGUCGCAGGCGACCACGGUGGCUGCCGUUCCUGUUCCCAUCAGACCGCGUGAGGAAUCUGUUCCCACGGACGCACCGAAGGCGACGACGCCUGGCGAGGCCGUCCCCGUCGCUUCUUCUACGCCCAAGACUGCUGCCGUUCCGAGCCAGCGUCCGACAGAAAUCCAGUUCCCCCUGCCGGAAGAUUUGGUGGAUCCGAGUCCGAGUGGAGCGACGUACGUUCCGGUCAACAGUGCGGAGCUGAUGCCGACGGGACGUACGGAGAAACAGCAACGAGAAGAAGAGGAGACGGCGAGAGCCCAUCGUCGGCGCAAGGCGCUCCUCGCCGCAAAAGCAAAAGGGGCGCCGCCGGCUGCGCCCAAGCCCCUCUCGCAGUCCAUGUCAAAGUCCCUGGCUUCGAUCUGUGAUGCCGUCCGUUCCAGUCUCCUCUUCUUCGAGGAUGCCAAGGACAGGGUGGAUGCACAGGCCACCAUCAAGGAGUGUCAAGACUACGAGCUGGACUACUGGAGCGACGACUCUUCCAACUGCAGCGUGGAGGACUUGUUUGAGGAGAAGGCGCUGCUGCGCCGCCUAGAGCACGAAGAGGAGCUGAACAGCAUCCUCUAUGUGUCAGAUUCAGUGGCAUCCGAGCCGGACUGCGACGCCUUUCCCUGGUCUAGUCAGUCCUCGAUGCUGCUGGACCAACUCAACUCCGACGGCGACGCGAGGGACACCAUGACGCCCUCUUCCGUCGCCGACAGCCUCGCGGAGGUCUCUGACCGGCAGGCCAAGAAGUCUCAUAAAGCCAAGAAGUCUCACAAGGCCAAGAUGUCCCUGCAGGAAAAUGGGCUCCAGUCGCCUUCUAAGUUCUCGUGCGACCGCUGCAGGCGAGGGUUCUUCUCCGCCUACAACCUGCGUCGACACCAGAAGAACGUCCACAAGAUGGAGUUCAAGUCGUUCCACCCCUCCUCGAUUGGCAGAGACACCCCAUCUCCCCAGCACCGCCCGGUGCCGUUGUCGAAACAGCCCGUUGCCGCGGCAUCCGGCGGCCAGAGAAGGGCCAUCACAACGUACCCCGCACACAAGUCGUCGUCUCCGCAGCUGCCAGCUGCUUCUAAGCGGACGCUGUUCGACGCCGCUCUUGCGGACCAGGACGAAGAGAGCUCGAGCCCGGAGAAGCUGUUCUGCGCCCACUCGGAGGAACAGAGGCUCUCGUUCGAGAGUUCGGCGGUGCCAUCCGACUCGGAGGAGAGUCCGCUGUACGGCAUCAAGGACGAGCCUUCGGAGCACGGCAUGGAGUCGCUCAUCUGCGACAAUGCCUCGUUUGACGUCAUCCAGCAAACCCCACUGGACUUUUAUCCGGAAAAGCGGGACCGCCCUGAGCUGUCCCUCUCAAGCGUGGUCGCAGGAGGCAGCGGCGGCAGCGGCGCAGCGAGGUCACAGGGGCGCAAAACGUACGGCUCCUCCAAGAGGGCUGGAGGAGAGGGUGGGGGCUCUCCUGAGGAGCUCUCCAAGAACCUGGACCCGGCGGACAUCUUGGAGUCGCUCGAAGUGGCCAAGAUGUCCGGGUGGUCGUCGGCAAACAGCCCCCUGGUGGACGCGGCGGGCGCCAUGAGCGUGAAGCUGGAGUUCAAGGACGAGGACGCCGUGUCUCGGUCGGCGUUGGAGUCGCUACUCGGGAAGGCGGGAGGGGUGAACCACAGUGGCGGUGAAGGCCAGGACGACAUUGAUGACAUCCAGCCGACAGUCCAGCACAUGGGGGUCUCGGACGGCAAGGAGGAGGAUGAGGGACAGGGCUCGGAGCCUUGGAACGACCUGUCGGCAGACCAGGCGGCGCUCCUCGAAGACAUCAAGGCGGUGGAGUCGCUUGCAGAGUACGGUACAGACAGCCUUGACUUUUUUGUGGCACCCCGGAAUGUGAUGACGAUGGAAGAUCAGGGGGACUUGCUCGGCUUUGCCGACGGGUCGCCGCCCAUGGGCGAGGACCCUGGGGAGGAGGGGGAGGAGGAAGAGGAUAUGGCCGAGGCACAUCUUCCCGAUGGGAAGAUGCUUAGCGUGAAGACGGAACCGGAGGAAGAGGCCAAACCGUGCACGAGCCACUGCCGCACGAGGGCACGCGAGACGUCCAUCAAGCGCAGCUGCCCGUGCUGCGAGGACAGUUCUCCGAGGAGGCGACUCACCCGCAGUUCUUCAUCCGGGGGCAAGACGCGGUCGUCUGCGAAGAAAGUGCGGACGAGGUGAUUGGCUUUUUCAAAGCCUGCGGUUAAACGGACCGAGGAGCCCGCUUUCGGCGGCAGCAAUGUCGGGGACGAGUUUGAAACCUGCCUGUGAUAGCAGUGCAUUUGACCAAAGUGUGGAUGCGGAGGGUGGGAGCACGCCAGUGUCGAGCGAGACGGCGUGGUCAGAGUCAUGGGAUCGGCGAGGAGCUCUUGCCGCCUGGCAGAGGUCCGGGUACUCCGGGGGUGUUCUAUACAUAGAAACAAGCUCUCCUCUGCGACAUUUUCCAUAGGCCAGAAUUUUUUUUUUAUUGUUGUUACGUUCCCCUUACUCUUUGUUGCGUAUGAAAUGCCUGCUGCGAUAACGGAACCAAAUGGUGCGUGGAGACUGUCCAGUAUCGUGAGAGAGUUGUACAAACGGAGGCUCUGAAUUUGUGUCGGGCAGUGGGUCUAUUUUGGAACUGUUUGCUUCGAAGUUAACUUAUGACAUAGUACUUGUAAUUUAUUUUUAUGUUGGCAGCCCAUUUUCUUUUUGUGUUUCUCGCCGCUGCCACAAAGUACUGCUUGUGUCAAAGCCCCAUGUUUUCUUUUAAGAUGGAACUUGCCGCAGUUGUCAACCUUAAAUUGUGCAAGUACAUAGUGUAGAUUACUAGAUAAUGCCAUUUUUAAGUAUCCUCAUCCACAGUUCUGACGUUAGGGAGCAGGUUGUGACUUGACGGAUAAAGUCAUUCCCUUGUGGCUAGCAGAAGGCUUGCAAUGCCCUAAAUGUUGAUUGGAGUGUUACCGAGGCUGGUGGAUUGGGUGGUAAACGUGCGUGCUUUUAACAUAUGUAAAUACUUCCAAAGAAUCAUUUUCUUGAAAAAGGUGCUUUCUUUUGCAGGCUAAGAACUGCACUUGUACAUAUGGUUGCUUCAGAUAUUGUUCUUCAGAGACACUGUAUAAUACUUGUCACAAUACAAUAAACUUUUUAAUCUAUAA